AAAGAGUUCGAGAGAGGGAAGAUGCGAACGAAGGCAGCAGCAGGCAACAACAGUCAACCAGUGGAUGUAUGGUACACUUCUCAUUGAGUCCGCGUUGAGGGAGGCACGUUUUCCACACUUGUCGCGCGCGCGGUACCAGCGAAGAACUACGGUCCGGUCUUUGCAAACAACUUCGGUUCAGUAGUCGCUGGUGUAUCGUCGUGGAACGACGUGUCUGUGUCUGUGUCGAGUUCCGCCGAGGACUGAGAUUUUUGUUGGGAUUUCGUGAUUUCGUAUACAGAGAGUGAAGCCUUUGAGCUAUUGGCACAAAGUGUGCGUCGUCCAAGAGUGUGUAUUUUUCGAGUAAUCAGCAAAGAACGUAUAGCAAGAAGAAUCCAGAGUGCUGGUGACUGUUCCGGGAUCGCGAGAACAUCAUCCCACAAAAAAAUAAUAAAGCAAAACGCGAGGAAUCAUCUCGCCCGCGAGUGUGUAAUAUUUUCACGAGAACCGGUUUGUCGAGAAGCCGGAAUUGAACGUGAAGAGACCGGGUGAGCUGUAGCAGAGUUAAAACCUACACAACAAGGAAAUCGCGCGCGGUCGCGAAUUGAUGAGAUUUUAGGGAUCCGCACACACCGGUUUGUUGUCGAGAUCCAAUAAAGAUCAUAGAAUUCGCGAACAUCAAGACGCGCGACAACUCGAGAGUGACAAAACCAAGUGAAGAAACGCGGAAACAGAACGUAAACGCAAGGAGACAGUGAAGAAGAACCAGCAAAAAAAAGGUGUACGGCAGCAGCAGUACACAUAGUGAAGUGCAUGUGCGUGGCCUAUCGAGCCCGGAAGAACAAACAGGUGAAACACGAAGUCGACGACGACGAAGAGUCGCGUCCACUCGGUAAUUGAGCGAAGGUGUUGAGUACGAGCACGCACACGUGGGGUGCAGCAACAGCUGGUCCAACACACCAACGGGAACCAGCGGGGUCUAUAUGACUAAUCAGCGCCGAUAACAUAACUCUUCCGAUGCUGGUUUUUCCGGCCUGACGACGCUGAAGUGCAAAAUUGUGCGGAAAACAAACUUGUGCAAACAUUCACUGGGUGUACCGGAGAAAAGUUGGAGCCGAUCCAGUAAAAGAAAGCAGGAAAAUGACAUGUAAAGUAACUGUGUAGCAAAGACUGACACACACGCUAAGGAAAACCCCGUCAAAACGUCGCCAUUGAAGUGCAAGUCUCGCGACGUACCAGGAUUAUCCGGAAACCGACCCUUGAAGGGCUCUAGAAGUAACAUCAACGCGACCAAAAAUACACACACAAUGAAGCUGUUACCGAUUCCGUUGUCCCCGCUGAACCCACCGGCACCGCUCGGUAUCUGGGGUUCGGAUCUCCUGUGGCGGUACCCUCCGGCACCUCCCAGCCCGCUGGCAGACCUUAAGACCCAGCUGCCGCCACAACUCAACACAGAUCCUCGGAUUUGGGGUCGCGAGGAAGUUGCGGUAUUUCUGCGCUUCUGCGAGCGCGAGUUUGAUCUGCCCAAGUUCGAUCUGGACCUGUUCCAGAUGAACGGUAAGGCGCUGUGCGUACUCACAAAGAAUGACCUGGCCGAGCGUAGCCCUGGCGCCGGUGAUGUACUGCACAACGUGCUCCAGAUGUUGGUCCGCGACGCCCAGUCGCUACAUCGUCACUUGCCGAGCAGUCCGGUCACUCCGACGAGCCGGUAUCCACUGUCACCUCACAGCCAUCCACCAACGCCCAACUGGAGUGCUCUGGCACCUCCGGACAGUCCCUUCUUCCACAACUCCCACCUGCAACAGUUUAUGGCUGCGUCCAACUCGGUGACGCUCAGCCCGGCUCCAUCUAUCGAUUCCCAAGCUGGAAGUCCACCGCAAAGCCACCAAGAACAGCUACAGAACGUGUUCCAGAAGUCAUCCAGCAGUAGCAGUAGUCACACCCAGAACAGCACUUCCGGUGGCAGCAGCAACCAGUCUGAUUCGGACGAGGACAAUUCAACCGCCGGAUAUCACCACCCACUUCCACUGUCCCAUCCGGACAGCAAGCUUCCGUUGCUGAACCCCAGCAACCAGAGCCCUCCGUUGACGCCCAUCUCCAAGGAGACUCAACACCUUGGCCAGCUGCAGCUGCUCGAUACCAAGACUCUGCAGUACCCGGUUUCGGCCCUGCUGAACAACAGCAGCAAUGCCAACGCCAUCAGCAGCUCGCCCAGCGCUGGUGACCGAUCAAGCAACGGAAACUCGUCCAACGGAUCGUCCAGCCACUCGCUGAACCUGAAGUCGCCGACCCUAUCGCCACCGUCUAGUGCAUCACCCAACGGCUCCUCGUCGGCACCGACCACUCCGGGAGCUUUUCUUCCCGUCAAGCGGGAGUUCUUCCCCGACGGUCCGGAACCCAACACAAAUGGCCGUCUCCUGUGGGACUUUUUGCAGCAACUGCUGAACGAUCCGGCCCAGCGCUAUAGCAGCUACAUCGCGUGGAAGUGCCGCGACACGGGCGUUUUCAAGAUCGUCGACCCUGCUGGGUUGGCCAAGCUUUGGGGCAAGCAGAAGAACCACCUGUCGAUGAACUACGACAAGAUGUCGCGGGCGCUGCGGUACUACUACCGCGUCAACAUUCUGCGCAAGGUGCAGGGCGAGCGUCACUGCUACCAAUUCCUCCGCAACCCGACGGAGCUCAAGAGCAUCAAAAACAUUUCGCUGCUGCGCCAAACGAUGGCCAGCCAGAACGCCAACGGACAGUCGGCUGCUGCCGCCGCCGCCGCAGCCAGUGCUGCCAGCCAGCAUUCGCUGAUGUCUCUGCUGCCGAAUGGUGCUAACAUCCACCACUUGGCCGCCGCAGCCGUAGCUGCAGCCGCGUCGCAUCAACAUCAGCAGCAGCAACAACAACAACAACAGGCCAACGGCCCUCUGUCUCCGUCCGCUCUUCAUCAUCCCCAUGUAACGUCAUCCGCAUCGGUACCCACCUCCAACGGUCAGUCUACGAAUGGUGCUACCCAUCAUCCGACCAUCAAGAUGGAAACCGACAUCGACGAGCUGAAGCCGACCGACCUGAGUACCAGCGAUCGCAAGUACUACGGAACCGGUUCCAACGGAGUUGAUUGCUACCCACUGAUCAGAAACGCCAACGGAUUGACCACGAUCCAGCUGUUACGUCAGCAGCAACAACAACAGCAAUCCCAACAGGCCCACGAUGCGGGUUCGCCACCAACCUCCCCCAGCCCACUCUCCCUCAACUCCCAAUCCCUGCACACCAUCAGCAACAACCUGCACCACUUGCACCAGCAACAGAUGCAGGCCCAAGCUGCGGCUGCCGCAGCCGCCGUCGCCGCGGCCGAAGCCCGCCACCGGGAAGAUCAGGAGGAACAGCGCCGGCACGAACACCUGGCCGCCGAGCACCACGACCGGGAACACCACGAGCGGAACGACCGAAGCCCGUCCCCAACCAACGACCACCACCACCAGCACCAGCCACAACCGCAGCAGCAGCAGCAACAUCGCGGCAGCGACGACGAAAGCAUGAUGCCCACGGAUCUCAGCAAAUCCGACUCCAUGUACUACAAGUAAAAAACCGAGCUAACAGAGCUGGAAGAAGACAAUCAGGCACGCAGCCACACAAUAUUGCAAAGGGAGCGCGCGCGUGAGUGUGUGUGCGUGCGAUAACUUGUGCUUACGGGCGAUCUCAGAUGGUGCCAUCCUUCCCAUUUCUUGGUAACAUAAAGAAGUUCAGGCGCAAUCCCACUUCCACCCCGCGCCUUCGCGCUCCUAGCUGUUGUGGCUGCGUUCAGUUGGUUGCGGCGACGCAGCCACGGCCAACUCGAUCGAAAAUCGGUAGCGACAAUCGCGCGCUGCUAAUUUCCGCUCAUGUUAAUCGUUGUUUAACAAAACAAUACAACUGUGUGAUAUGAACGACGAGAAAUUAAAGCGAGAUAAAAAAAAUAAUCAAAGGAAGAAAAAAAAUGUGCCAAUCGUUCUCAUUAUUGUUAACAUUCAGAGUUUAUUCGCCAGGUCGACUACACAAUCAUAGAGAUCGAGACAAAAAAAGAGUAUCAAACCUUUCGAUAAUUGUACAGAGAUUGAGAAGAGAUAAAAAAAAACGGCAGUUGGGCGAUCUGUUUCCCACCGUUGCGUCGUCGUCGAACAAUGGGAGCAGUUGAUCCUAACUGCCGGCACUAGUUAAAUUGUGGGUCAAAGGGAUGAAAAAUUCAUUGUAUCAUAGCGCGGAAAAUCACGGUCGAAAAGUAGAACUUUUAUCAGGCUCUUUUAAAUUGUAAUAAUGUGGCAAACGCCGAGAUGAUCCCAACUAAAACAGUAGCAAAAUGAUGUUUUCCACCAGUAACAGAUUAUUGUGGGGAAGUGUGGAGAAACAGUGUAAGAGAGAAAAAGAGAGAGCGAGCGUGUGUGCGAGUGUACAGUUUUUACAGCUUAGGAAUAGAAUUUAUCGUUUUUUUUUUUUUUUUUUGGAACUACAACUAAGACUAGUUUGAUAAGUGGUUGAUCCAGCCGAGAAAAGUACUCAUUAUUUUUUGUUUUUCCAACGACAACUUCCUUAUUGGUUUGUUUGUAUUUUUAUAGGGCAAAGCUAGGCUAAGUUUGAGAGGAAACAAAAAAUCUACCUUCACAAUUGGCUUCCAUUUCAAGAGAAAGUUUAAAUGCUAAAAAGAGUGUUAUGAAAUUUACAAAAUUCAAACAAAUGUGAUGUCAGAGAAAUUUAUAUUGGACAAAUUUAUAAGCGAAAGAAGAGAGAAGAAAAACUAUUAGUUUAUUGAGGCAAACCAUGUUGUGUGAAAUAUUGGUAAUUAGCGGAUUUUUUUUUUGUUGUUUUGAAAAGGGUCGAUUUUGUUUUACUAUACAAUUAGUGGAAUAUUCUCUACUUCUUUUUGUUGGCUUUAAAUGGAAAUCGAAAUCUUCCUUAUGUUUAGUUCGGUAAGCACUGUAAAUACGGUCAGAUUUUUUUAACAAUAAAACACACUUUUUGCAAAAUAGACUAAGUUUUCGUCUCAAGUAGGAUAAUUUACACGAGUUCAAACAUGCAAAUAAUCCAACCCGAAAGCAAAACUCACCCCCACAACUACCGCAAUGGCAUAUAAUGUGAUAUUAAGAGAGCGCUGAGCGUCCUUUUCUCUCUGGAAGAAGGACGACAACUCACCGGAUAUUAACACGUUAGCCAUUUAGUUAAUAGCAACAUCGCAAAACAAUAGUAAAAAGAACUCACCGGCACACUUCCAUAAUGAAACCUGCCCCUCCCUCACAAAGAACGAUAUUAAGAGUAGCGUUUGUAGCGAAACACAAAUUCACAUACACACACACAUUUUGCAAUAGUUUUUUUUGUGUACUGUAAAGCAUUACUUUUAAUACGAUCAUCAUUGAAGUAUAUUUUUUUAGAGUUUAUCAAUAUACAUAUGUUUUAAGCCGUAAGAAAUUGCAAAAAAAGAAGACUCAAUCCCAAUAAAAAAAGAUUGUAGAACUGUUUCAAACAA